AUGUUCGGCGAGAACCAGAAGGGCGGCGGUGGAGACCAGGAGCCCUGGCAGCAGCAGCCUGAGGAGUCCGCCCAGGACUCUUCCUCCUCGGAGCUGCAUCCCCAAGAUCAGCAGCACCUCUUCUCCCCCAGCGCAUUCAGUGGGUUGCGCCUGAAGGAGCUAGACAGCAUUUUCCAACGCUCUCAAUAUCCCGACGUGUUUGCUAGAAAGGAGCUUACAAUAUUCAUGGAUGUGAGUGAAGCCAAAGUGGAAGCCAGUAAGCCUGAUGAAAGCAAUUGGUCAGAGUAGCCACUCUGAAACAUGCUUCAGUCCUUGGAUAACUUUGUCCUACACAUUCUCAAGUUGGCCU